AUGGCCAAUGCCAAGUUAAUCGGAGCUAUGUUGGUAGUUCUACUUCUAGUGGAGCUAUGCAUUGCAGUUAGGGUGCCAAGGGGCCUCAGAGGAAGUGACAGUGGAGGUCGAGGGGGAGGUGGUGGAGGUGGAAACAGAGGAUCAGGAUCCGGAUAUGGUUCUGGGUCUGGCUAUGGUUCGGGAUAUGGGGCCUCAGGUGGUGAAGGGUAUGGUAGUGGUGGCGGUGGAGGUGGAGGAUCAGGGGGCGGAAGAGGGGGUUCAGGCUCAGGAUAUGGGUCUGGGUCUGGAUAUGGAUCCGGCUAUGGGUCAGGUGGAGGUCAAGGUGGUGGAGGUGGCGGAGGUAGAGGAGGUGGUGGUGGCGGAGGAGGGGGUCAUGGCGGCUCUGGCUAUGGCUCGGGUUAUGGCAGCGGUAGUGGCUCCGGCUAUGGAAGUGGGAGUGGUGGCAUAGGUGGAGGUGGUGGUGGUGGAGGCUAUGGUUCUGGUUAUGGAGGUGGUUUCGAUGGCGGAUAUAAUUCACCAUAA